UGCCAGUAGUGCCAGUAGCAGCCAAUAGCGGUGAACGCGGUGAAUACAUUGCGUGAUGUUCCCUGAUUCUCUGAUGUAGUGUGUAGUUGUCUGUAAUGGUACGGUCUGUUCGGCGAUAGUACGUUAACAUUUAAUAGCGGUACACUACAUAAGGUCUUCUCGGUGUUUCAAGUGACUUACAGUAAGUGUGGAAUUAUCUGUACUUGAAUUGUGAAAAUACAUAGUGCCUAUUGGACGUAUUAUUGUAUGGGACGCCAGUUGUGAGAGAAACUAACCUCGAAGAUGCCAAAGUAUUAUUGUGAUUACUGUGACACUUACCUAACUCACGAUUCUCCGUCGGUACGGAAAACACACUGUCAGGGCCGAAAACACAAAGACAAUGUGAAAUUUUAUUAUCAAAAGUGGAUGGAAGAACAGGCACAACAUCUUAUUGAUGCAACUACUGCAGCUUUCAAAGCGGGAAAGAUAGCAUCUAAUCCAUUUGCCUCAAACAAAGGAGGUGCAGCAAUUCCACCACCAACCAACAUGCCUCAUGGGGGACCUCCACGACCUCCAGGUCCAGUUCAUGGACCUCCUCAGCCUGGCCCAGGUAUGAUGGGACCUCCAGGCAUGCAGAUGCCCCAUGGACACAUGGGACCUAUGAUGAUGGGACCCCACGGUCCAAUGCCUCCAAUGAUGGGAAUGAGACCGCCUAUGAUGGGACCAAUGAUGCCAAUGGGACCUAUGGGCCCAAUGGGUCCUAUGAGGGGACCUCCUUUACUAGGUGGACCAAUGGGACCUCCAAUGAAGAAGUAGACACAUGUAGAAGUAUAGACUUAUAUAAUCUCGAUUAUAUUUCAGAAUUCAGUCGGACGUUUAUUUAAUAUUCUAGGUUUUUAGUCAUUUCAAAUGACUGUUAACUUUAAAUUUUGUACUUCAUUGCAGUAAAUAAAGUGUAAAUUUGCUAAUA